AUGUCAUGGCUUCGCCUCGUUUCGGUUAUGUUCUGUGCGUUCAUGCUGGUAAAGGCACGCGAAACCUGGCAGAAGCCGGGAUGCCAUAAAGUGGGACACACGCGAAAGAUAAGCAUUCCGGACUGUGUCGAGUUUACCAUCACCACCAAUGCGUGCCGUGGGUUCUGUGAAUCGUUUGCCGUGCCGUCAGCUCCGUUCGCACUCGUCGGCCACAAACCUCCGCAGCCUGUCACAUCCGUGGGACAGUGCUGCAACAUCAUGGAGACGGAAGACGUGCGGGUGCGUGUGCUGUGCGUUAAUGGUAUCCGGAAUCUGACCUUCAAGUCGGCCACAAACUGUUCCUGUUACCAUUGCAAAAAGGAUUAAUUAGGGCUGGAGCGGUCCGAGAUCGGGGCCGCCAAUCGUUCCCUCGUCAUGAGCAUGUGAAUCGGUGCCAUUCGUUCGAUUCGUUUAUUUACCUCUGAGCCACUUGCUUCGAAACCAAAAUGGGAUGCUAUUCGCUGGUUCGUUGGGAUG